CAUCAUUGCAUACUAGCGACAUCAAUAUAAAAUCUGUAUUACCAACAAAAUUGAUGAAUUUUUUAAAAUUAUUACGAGCUGCAAUUUCGUGGUCGAAAAUCAAAUCGAAAUUCAAUCAAUCGAAACGUUUAAUUUUUGUAUUGGUUUAAUUGAUUGUUGUUGUUGUUGUUUUUGGUGUUAAAAAAAACUUAAUAAUAAUUAUUGUAUUUUUUAUACAAUGUAAAGCAAUGUACCGCGACGCAUAGUCAAGAGAUAGUUUUUAUUGAUCGUAUGCGCGAGUCGACUUGAAAAGUUCAACACAUAUUUGAGCUAUCAGAAAGACUGCAACUAUUGACACGAUAUAUACAUUAAAUAGAAAAAAAAAAAAGAACAAAAGAAUUUUAAUUAUUAAAUAAAGUUAUAAUAUCAAUCGACAAUGGUGCUUUAUUUAAUUAAUAAAGAAAGUGUUGUUCUCUGGUGUCUUUUGUCGUCGGUCUUCAGUGUGCCAACAUCAGUACCUCAAAAUGCACUUGAUCAAGUUUACACUACAUCUAGACCUAUUAAAACCAUUGUUCAAUUCAACACCCAUAGGCCACUUUCCUUGCAAAUAGGUAAUUCUGGUGGUGGUAAAACAACAAUUAUUGAGUCAUCAAAAAGUCCGACGACAAUGAUAAAGACAACAGCAACAACAACAACAAUACCAAAAAUAAAACCACCUCGUGUAAAACCACUUUAUCGUCUUGAUGCAAUUAAUGGAAAAGCUUGUAUAUUAUUACAAGUUGAUGCAGUUAUAAGUGUUGAAUAUAAAACAAAAAGUGGUGAACAACUUGAAGCAAAUAUAUAUGUACCAUCUGAUGCAACUGUAACUGGUAAUUGUGAUGCUGAAAAUUAUGUAACAAUGUCAUUAAAAUGGAAAGCAUUUGUGCUUACAUGGAGCUUUGCUAAAACUCCAGGUGGUGAAAGAUGGUAUGUUGAUAAAAUUGAAUUAACAUAUAAUUCAAGUGAUCGUCAUUUUACAUCAAUUGAUCAACCAAAUAAAACAGUAAGACUUAGUUCAGAUAAAACAACAUUAUUAUUUCCAACACCAGUUGGUAAAUCAUAUGUUUGUGAAGAUGAAGUUAAAAUACCAUUAACUGAUGGAAAAAAUAAAGCAGAUGUAUUUCUUAGAGAAAUGAAAUUACAACCAUUUAAAUUUAAAGAUAAUAAAUUUGCAUCUGAAUUUUCAUGCAAAUUAUUAAGUGCAAGAGCUGGAAGAGAUGAGACAGCUCCAAUUGCUGUUGGUUCAACAUUAGCAGCAGCUGUUUUAUUGACAAUAAGUGGAUAUGCUGGUUGGCGAUAUUUUAAAGUUAAAAAAGUCAAGUAUGAUACUAUGGAAUAAUAAUACAAAAAAAAAAUACAACCAAAUUAUAAUCAUGAUAAGGAUAUUAAUUAAAAACAUAAUCAACAAAUUUUAAACAUAAAAAGAUAACGAAACAAUUAAUUUGCUACAAUAAAUAAUUGAUUUUUUAGUAAUUAAUUAAUUUAUAGAUUAGUGACUAGUUAUUUUAAUGAGAAAUAAAAAAAUUUUUAUCAAUAAUAAUUAUUAAAAAUUGAUUUGAAAAAUUUUUGAAAUAUUUAUCAAUGAAUUCAAGACUAUAAUAAGAUAAAGUCACUUAAAAAUAUAUUGUUAAUGAUCAAAUUAAUAUAUAAAAAUUUAUAUUCGUUAAUACGAAUAUAUUUUAAUGGUUUAAAUCGCAAGCUCCAAUGGUUGUAUCGAUUUUAGAAAAAGAAAAAACAUAAUAAAAAAAAUGAUAAGGUAUAUUGAGAGUAUGAAAAAGCGCACAAUUGCGUUUUAUUAUAAUUAUUAUAUAAUCUUAAAUACACAUAUCUUCAUGAAAAAAUAAAAUUAUAAAAUUCGUCAAUAUUAAUCAGCAUAUCAAAAGUGUCAUAAUCAUAAUAAAAUAUAAAUUUGUUUUUUCUAAGCGAUAUUUAGGCGCAAUAUCAUUUGGCAUUCAUAUUUACGAAUUUAUAGCUAUAAAUUUGACAUGGACA